CGACCUGCGUUCGGAAGGAAGCCGCAUCGUAUUUCUGAUUUCGCAGUCCGCCCGCCCGCCCACGUCCAAUUCACAAGUACUACGGCGUACGACUACGAAUUCGUUUCGCUGUCCGAUACGGUUCAGUCAACAAAUUUAUUGCACAGAAUUCAUCUCGCACAAUUUUCUUCGAGUGUUUCCGUGUGAUCAUAUUUUAUUAUAUUAGGUAUCACGACGAAAAUGGUACGACAGAACUCGAGGCUAUUGGUGGUCUGUGGCCCGUCCGGCUCCGGUAAGUCGACGCUGUUGCGCAAGCUUUUCGACGAGUACCCCGACAAGUUUGGCUUCUCGGUAUCGCACACUACCCGAUCUCCGCGGCGUUUUGAGGUGGAUGGCCAACACUAUCAUUUCACCACCAAGGACCAAAUGCAAGCAUCUAUUGAUCGUGGAGAUUUCCUUGAGCAUGCCGUCUUUUCCAACCACAUGUAUGGUACUAGCCUUCAAGCGGUACAAAACGUUCAAAAAUCUGGCAAGAUAUGUGUUCUUGAUAUUGACAUGCAAGGAGUUAUUCAAAUCAAAAAGAUUGCCUCUCUGAAACCAGUCAGUGUGUUUGUUAAACCUCCCAGUAUUGGUGAACUCGAAAUACGAUUGCGCAGACGGAAUUCAGAGUCUGAGGAUAAUUUACGAGCUAGAUUGAAUGUUGCACAACAAGAAAUUAAUUACGGAGAAACGCCUGGAAACUUUGAUUGUAUUAUAAUUAACGAGUCUUUAGAUAAAGCAUACAAUGCUUUCAAAGAAUUUGUUUUAAAGUCUUUUGAAAGUAUAGAAAAUUAAGUAUACAGUUAUGGUACCUAAAGUAUUCAGUAUUCUAAACUCAGUCAGUAGAUUUUAGUUAUUAUAAUUUAAUUGUAAAAUGUUUUUGUUAACUUUAUAAAAUGUUGUUAAAAAAACAUUCUAGAAUAAUGUUAUACUUUCUCUUGUUAAAAUAAUUUUUAAAUAUUAAUGGGUUUUCAGUUGAUAUUGAGUUGUAUAAAAUAAUUUAAUUUAAUUAAUAACUAGAGAACAUACGUACAUACAUACAUGUAUAGUGUAUUAGCUAUAAUGCUAAUUUAAAACAAUAUUAAUUAAUAACUUCCAUAUUUUAACUAUUAAUAAUACCAUCUUUUAUUUUAAAAUUCUAAUUGAUUCUGUCAAUGUUAGCUAUACAAAUAGACUAAUGUGAUUAUUCGUUGCCUUUAUUAUUUUCUAAGAAAAAGUCCUCAUAAUAUUUGUAAUGUUCUAUAUAUAUAUAUAUAUAUAUAUAUAUAAUAAUAAUAAUUUAAUUUUUUAUUUAAAAGAAAUUUGACUGAUGUUGGUUUAGAGGAACUAAAUUUUUAAUAGAGACUAUAUAGUGUCUAAAAUCCAUAUUCAUUAAUAAAAAAAACUUAUGGUCUCAAUUUUGUACAAUCGAUAAUUAUUAAUUACUGUCACUAGGAUCAUAUCCUUAUUUAAUUAAAAUGUUAAAACUUCUUUUUAUUUGUUCCAAUAUUAAAUUUUUUUAAUUUUCUUACAAAACGAAUCUGUUUUUUCUUCACGUACAUAUCACAAUUUAAACAUUACACAACAUACAUUUUGUUUCUGACUAUAUAACAUGAAUUUUAUGUUGUGCCAAAAGAAUUUUUUUAUUAUUAUUAAUUGAAUCAAAAUUAAAUAAAUUGUAUCUUAAAAAAAAGAAUAUAUUUGAAAUGUUUUAAUGCCUGUAGUUCAACUUUAAUUUAAAUUGAUCUUAUUAUCAUAAGAUAAUAUAAUUUUUAAUUAACCAAAAAUAGAAUUUCUCGUUCAAAAUAGAAACAGUAAAAAUAUCUAAAUUAAAAAUGUUAUGGUUGUAUCUGAUUUAUGAAUGAGACUGGUAUAAUAUAUAUUUUUAUACAAUGUGUGUUAUAAUAUGAUAUUUUAAAUGAUGCAAAGAAUACGUUUUUGAGAUCCAAUUAACUAAUAAAAAAGUAAUUGCAUUUGUAUUUAUGGUUUCUUAUGUAGUCUCCAAAAUUAAGAUGCUUGUUUACAAUUUAUAUUCUUAUAGAUAUACAUACUGUUGGCUUUGUUUUUGUGUGGUUACUUAAUAUAUAUAUAUAUUAAUGUUAAUGAAUAAAAUAGUUAUGUAUACUCUAUUCAAAAUGAAAUGAGACCUGGGCAACCAACUUGUACGCAUAAGCAAGGCUUUGUCCCGAAGCACCAAACCAUUGGUUGAUAAGGUAGAGGAGUGUCUGACUAUUGUGAAUGAAAAUUGAUCGCUGCCGAGGUCUCAUAUCAUUUUAAAUAUAGUAUAAUUAUUUACUACAAUAUAGUAUUAAGAUUUUAAUUUGUAAAAAAAUACUAGGUGAUAAAUACUUUAUUAAAGAAGAUAAUACAACUUACCAAAAUGUAAAUUGUUUUUUUGCAUGUAUUAUUAGUUUUUUUUUUUAGAAUACAUUUAUAUUUAACCAAUGUAAAGUUGAUAUUGUAUCAUUUAAAAAUGAUAUUUUGGAUAAUAGUAUUAAGUAUACAGUAUAAAACUUAAACUUUGAGUAAAUAAAUAAUGUCUUCUAGUUAUGUUUAAUUGAACUAUUUUAACUCGCAUCAUUAUUUUUAAGUUGAAAUAAAAAAUUUUAAGUGAAUAUUACAUUUAGUUUAUAGCCCAUCAAUCGUGUAUACUAUAAUACCUGUCUAAUAUUAAAUAUGUAUAAACCAGGCUAUUAAUUAUUUAAGUAGGCUAGUAUUAAUUAUUAUUGUCAACAUAUAGGUAUAUUUGUUAGAUUUAAUUUAUUUUUUUACCUCAAUUAUACACAAAAUAAUUUGUUCUUAGUUAAUCUAAAAUAUAUAUUGUUUACUGCUAUUAAAAUACAAUUUUUUGUUGUGAA